CUCGAGACUUGUUGCUCUCUCCACACAAGGUUAGCAGAAACGACGGACUCACAAUCACGAAUUUGAAGUGCUUCAAUUGAAAGCAGACGACGUGUUGUAGAUGCAGUAAGCAAUCGUGAAUGUCAAGGUAUCAAUGUCAAGGUAUCGAGUGUGUAUUUCCAGCUUUCCCAUCCACACCACACAAACUCCCAACUUUCCUCAAGAGGCGGGCAGCGUUGGACCCCGCCCCGCCCCGCAAAGAAGGCAACACAGAGGCAACAUCAGGUCGACAUAGACACCAUCCUCACCACCUCCACUCCCUCCCCUGCGCAGAGCCAUGUCGAAACGAGCCAAUACAGGCUCGGCGGUUGCGACCAGCAAACGUCAAGGUAGCAGUGCGGCGGCGGCAGCAGCAGCAGCAGCACCAAAUAAGAGGGCUCGCUUCGAUGGCGCCAUCUCAGCGUCCAAGUCUGCCAAGGUCGAUACAAGCGUCCAAGCAGGCAGGCCGUCCAAAGGCAGAAGAGACGAUGGCGAUGGCGAUGGCGAUGGCGAUGGCGAUGGCGCACGCCGAGCACACGCGCCAGGCGCCUCUUCAACUUCAACAACAACAACAACAACAACAUCGCCCUCUCACGAUUCCGCUUCCGCUUCUUCCAAGCUCGACUCGGCGCACACAUUCGCUGGCGAGCCGGCUGCGCGCACCUUUAGGAUCCUUGCAGGCUCGUACGAGCGACACCUGUACGGUCUGCACUGCCAGCCCAUCUUCUCCAACGCGAGUGCGAGUGCGAGUGCGAGUGCGAGCAGGAGCGGCAAGGAGGCUGCCACACAGGGAAAGAGGAUAUCCUUCCGCAUCACACCUCUAUUCAUAUUUCCUGCGCAUCCCAGCGCCAUCUUGUCCGUCGCUGCGGCUGGAAGAGGCGCAAAGUGGGCAGUCAGUGGAGCGGGGGAGGAUGUGAUCAAGGUUUGGGAUUUGAGGAAAAAGGUAGAGGUGGGAACGUUGGCUGGACAUACUGGCACGAUCAACAGCCUCACCUUUCCACUGCGCACCUACUUGCUCUCCGGAUCUUCUACGGGAGAACUAAACAUCUACCGCGUACGAGACUGGGCGCUGCUCAAGACGCUGCGGGGCCACACUGGAUCGAUUCGAAGCAUCUCUGCACAUCCUGGUGCACGUCUAGCAUUGAGCGUGGGAGACGAUCAACAUUUGCGUCUGUGGGACCUGAUGCGAGCCAAGAGCGCAGGUAGUGUACGUCUACCCCUUCCCAAGGGCAGCAAACAAAUAGGAGGAGGAGGAGGAGGAGGCGAUUGGAAUGCGGAACAGUUGAUGUGGAAUGCCAAAGGCGAUAGGUUCGUUGUGCUGGCUAGGAACGCAAUCUUUCUGUACGAUCAGACGAUGAGACUCGUAGCGAGCGAGAUGAACCCUAGGGAAAUGACGAGGAAGAGAAUCACUUGUUUCAGCUUUGCCACGGUGGCGGAAGAGGAGGUUUUGCUGGCUGGGACGGAAGAUGGAAGGGUCAGGGUGUUGGGAUUGCCGCGUGCGAGUCAGGCGAGCAGUAAAGGCACAGAGUCAGAAGAGGAGGAGCAGGAGCAGGAGCAGGAGCAGGAGCAGGAGGAAGCUGAAGAGACUGCAGGUUUCGUGCAGCUUGCUAGUCUGACCGGUCACACCAAUCGCGUCAAAUCCAUCGCCAUUCAAAGUAUAGUCGACCCGCAACACAUCACCAGCGAUUCCUCCACCACGUCCAGCACUCCCACUCUUCAGAUCGCAGUGACGAUCUGCUCCGACGGCAAGUUUCGGCUGUACAAUUUGGGCGAACUCGACAGCUGGGCAUCGGCACGAGGAGGAGGAGAAGGAGCGACGACGACGACGACGAUGAAUGGAGAGGGGAAAUCGGAUUCGCGAUUGGAAUUGCGAUUGCAACCUUGCGCGGAGUACGAUAGCAAAGGAGCUAGAUUGACGUGCUUGGAUGUGGUUGCGGGGGAUGGGAGCGGCUUGUCCAAUUCCAGCAUGGAUGUCGCAAGUGUUGCAUUGGAACGUUCGCCGAUGGAUCGAGAGGGAGUCGACUUGGCUCAGCAGAGCGAGAGCGAGGAAGAGGAAGAGGGAGAGGAGGAGGAUGAGGAGUACAAAGAGUUGAAGGAGUUGAAAAGGUUGGUCAGGAAGGCUAAGCGGGCUGGGGUGAUCUUGGAGGGCAUGAGCGACGAAGAGGAGGAGGACGAGGAAGAAGAAGAAGAAGAUGAUGAUGAUGGGGAGGAGGAGGAGGAAAGAAGCGAAGAUGAAUACGCAGAGGAAGAGGAGGAGCAGAUGAGCGAGAGCGAAGGAGAAGAAGAAGAGGGGGAGGAGGAAGAAUAAUCGGAUGAAAUGGAAUAGGGAGCAAGAGCAAAGAGCAAGAGCCAGGGCAGGGAACAAGGGAAGCAAAAAGUUUCCCUCCUCCCCCCCGGUCCAUUCGUCAUCGUCGGCAACGAGUCACCUUGCCGCCAUGUAUCCGAUCCCUGUCCCCACCCUUUACCCUUUGGCCUUUGUACUGCCUCCUCCAUUGCGUCUCACCCUUUUCCUUGCGCGAUACGAUGAAAAGGGGAAAACGCAAGACUUUAUGCUGCUU